AUAUGCACAGGCUUAGGUGCCCAGACUGUGAUAAGAUUUUCCAAACCAGAAGACAGUAUAUUCGCCAUGGAGAAAAAGCACAUGGAAAAAAGAAAAGGACGCUGACUAAACAAACUGAAAUUGGCACAAAGGAUUUUCAAUGUGCUAAGUGUGACUACAAAGCUGCUAGAGCAUCACAUCUAAAGAGACAUGUACUCUGUAAACAUACCAAGAGGGAAGACCUGAAGUAUGCCUGUACCCUCUGUGAAUACCGCAGCCCCUUUCCAAGUUGGAUCAAGACACACAUGCAGCAGAAACACUGUGAAGAUCCAGACGUGAAAAAGAAGUACAAAAGUACAAUUUACAAGUGUGAGGAGUGUGAAUAUGAAACAAACACCAAAGUUCUGUUUACGAUUACAUCGAGUGUCAAGACACGGACUGGGAGUGGGGCCAGUAAAGUGUAAACACUGUGACUACACAACCAUCAGCAAGAACAGUCUUUCCAGGCACAUGAAAAGUGAUCAUGGUAUUGAGACCAAGCAAUGUUGGUACUGUCACCAUUACUGGGGAACCAAGGAAGCCAUGGAGACCCAUCAUCAGACCUGCAAGUACAAAGGAGAGUUCCCGUGUGAGGAGUGCAGUUUCACCUCAACCUCAAAAUGUAAGCUGAUGACCCAUAUGAGAAAAAUGCACGGGAAAGGGAGGUCCCACGAGCUGUGCCACCAUUGUGGUAAGAUCUGCUACGGACCUAAGGCAUUGGAGCAGCACAUGUUUACCCACCUGCCGCAUAAACCCUUCAGGUGUCCGUACGAGUCCUGCAAGUAUGAAACCCUCUACAAGGGGAACCUGCCUGCACACCUGCUUAUACACACAGGCGAGAAACCCUACAGGUGUGACGUGUGUUCAUCUUCCUUUGCACAGAAGAGCAACUUGAAGACCCACAUGAAGAAACACUACAGAGAUGGGACUUUCAAGCCAAGAACAAAGGGGAGAGCCAUUGGCACAGGGGGUAAGAGGAAGAGAAGAAAGAAGAAGGAAGAAAUGACAUUAGAGAAGGAUUCAGAAGAUGAAGUGAAGACUGCCACAGGCCAUCUGAUUGGAUCAGAAGAAAGCCAUCUGAUUGGAUCACAAGAAAGUCAUCAGAUUGGAUCAGAUGAUUGAUCAGGUGACAGACACACCCUCAUCAGAGAGAAUGGGAGGGAAGGAAAUGAUGGGGAGGGACUCGGGUGGUACCAAAAAUACUGACAUUGGGACGGGAUAAAGUUGAAAUGUCUGAAGAUGAGCAUGAAAAAAUGAUGGACAUAUCUGCAAUAGUUCUGGACAGAGAGUAAGCAGAGAUGGAUACAGGUGCAUGUGCACUCGGUUUACAUGACUAUGGUAAGGAAAAAGAGUAGAAAGACUCCAAACGAAGUGGAGGAGAUAGCAGAAGACAACUGAGGCUGGGAUGAAAGACAGACACAUUAGGACAGACACUUCCAGGGUCUUGUGGUCCUUAACACAAAUCAUGAUAGUUAGUGUCAAGACAGACCUGGAAAGUCAGACAAAUAGUUAUUGAAAGCAUGUAGUAUCUGAGAAAAUUGGAGCCCCUGGUGUUUUGUCUGACACUUACAGUCUGCAGGCCCAAGUAGCAAUGAACACACUUCAGUAUUUUGAGCAUCAUUGACUAGUAAGGCAGCCAUUGUUUAGCCUUAGACAAAAUAUUAUUCUUAUUAUGGGUUCACCACACCACGAAGUGGUGGUGAACCCAUAUUGCUUUUUCUGAUGUUUCUCCUUCUUCUUCUCCUGCCAUUU